AUGCCGGUGGAGAACUCGCCCCCCGGGAGAUGGUCCCCGCCACGCCAGCAGCCCGCGCGGGAGGAGACCCCGCCACACCAGCAGCCCGCGCGGGAGGAGACCCCGCGCCGCGCCGGCGAGGUGCGCCGCGUGCUGCGCAAGGGCCGCUGGGUCAUGGCUCGCGAUGACCCCGAGGACCCCGAGGAGCCGGUGGGGCCGGCGACCCGGCAACCCGCACCCGCACAGGAGGAGACCCCGCGCCGCGCCGGCGAGCUGCGCCGCGUGCUGCGCAAGGGCCGCUGGGUCAUGGCUCGCGAGGACCCUGAGGAGGCCGAGGGCCCGGUGCCCCGUCAGCCGGCCGCCGGCCCUACCACCUGCCCCCCUGCCGCCGCCCCGACAGAGCCCGACCCCGAGCUGGAGCUGCCGGACCACGUGCCACCGGCGCGCCCCUCCAGGCGGCCCGCGACCCCGCCGGAGCGCCGCCGGCUGGCCGAGAGGGCGGACCGUGCCGGCAGGCAGCGCGCCGAGCGCGAGGUGCUGCGCCUGGAGGACGCCGCCGCCGACCUGCGCUGGAUGUUGGAGCGGGCCGCCGCCGCGCUGGAUGACGCCUCCGCCGCCGCGCUCCGUGCCGAGCUGCUGGCGGAGGGCGCGCCCCCGGCCCCGCCGCCCGCCCAGGUGACGGAAGCAGAGUGCCCGCCCACCGGAGAGCCGGCCGUCGCCGAGGUGCUGGACUUGCAGUGGGCCGGCGAGGAGGCGGUCCCCGCCCCCGGGGCAGCCGCCGCCCCCGGCUACGCGCGGCGCGGCCUGCUCCUGCCGCGCGGGCUGCCAGCCGCCGAGGACGUCCUGCUGCUGGGAGACGUGCUCCGGCCGGCCAGGCCACAGCCGCCCGCCCCGCAGCCCCGCGCGCUGGGUCCUCGCGAGCUGGCGCAGUUCGAGCUGCAGAGGCGGCCCGGCGCGCGCGAGCGACACGUCACCGGGGUGCUCAGCGUCGACCUGGAGGGCAUCUUCUGA